UGGAGUCAUGUGUAGAAGUUCACGCAAGUGAGGAAAGUUCUCUGAUCGCCAUUCACUUGGGAAUGGCCAGAAACGAUUCUUUUACACAUGGCUCAAGCAGCUCACUACUUCCGGUCUUUGACCAAGUAUCCUCUGGGUAGCCUAAGAACAUCCGUUCGAAGGCGAGCUAAAGUGAGAAGGCGAAACAUUCCCUGCAAGGGUUGUGCGCUGGGUUUGAGACCCGCCACGUAAAAAAACACCCCCAGUGAAGAGCUAUAACCAGCCUCGGAUGAGAGACCCCCCUUUUGAUGACGACCAUGGCAAACGAAAUAAGGACUACGAAUUGAGGGCAUGCACCUGGAAUGUCCGGUCCCUUAAUUGGGAAGGUGCCGCUGCCCAGUUGUUGAUGUCCUCGUAAAAACAAAGGCUGACAUCACCGCCGUCCAAGAAAUGCGAUGGACGGGACAAGGACAGAGACGAGUAGGUCCUCGUGACAUUUACUACAGUGGCCAUAUAAAAGAGCGUAAGUUUGGUGUAGGAUUCGUGGUGGGAGAGAGACUCCGUCGCCGAGUACUAUCAUUCACUCCGGUGAAUGAACGUCUAGCCACAAUCCGCAUCAAAGCGAGGUUCUUCAACAUAUCGCUGAUCUGCGCCCACGCCCCGACGGAAGAGAAGGACGAUGUGACCAAAGAUGCCUUUUAUGAGUGCUUGGAGCGCACUUAUGAAGGCUGCCCCCGCCACGAUGUCAAAAUCGUGCUUGGCGACUUUAACGCCAGGGUGGGCAAAGAAGGUGUCUUUGGCACUACAGUCGGUAAAUUCGGCCUCCACGACGAAACAUCCCCUAAUGGGUUGAGGCUGAUUGACUUCGCCGGGGCCCGAAAUAUGGUUAUCUGUAGUACUAGAUUCCAGCAUAAGAAGAUUCAUCAAGCAACCUGGCUGCCUCCGGAUCGAAAAACUACCAACCAGAUCGAUCAUGUUGUGAUAGACGGAAGACACGUCUCCAGUGUUUUAGAUGUGCGUGCGCUCCGAGGUCCUAACAUCGACUCGGACCACUAUCUUGUUGCAGCUAAGAUUCGCACCCGCCUCUGUGCAGCAAAAAACGCGCGCCACCAAACACAAGGAAGGUUCGACGUCGAGAAGCUGCAAUCACAACAGACAGCCGAACGAUUUGCUACUCGGCUUGCACUCCUGCUCUCUGAGAGCACUCGUCAACAACCCGGUAUAAGGGAACUGUGGGACGGAAUUUCAAACUCCUUACGUACAGCUGCAACCGAACCAUUGGUUUUCGGAAAGUGCAAAAGAACAGCUGGUACGACGAGGAGUGCCGUGUCGCAGCGGAGAGAAAACAGGCUGCCUACCUCGCAACGUUACGAUCGACCACAACACGUGCGGGAUGGGAUAGAUACCGAGAGUUGAAGAGGGAAGCGAGACGCAUUUGUAGACAGAAGAAGAAAGAGGCCGAAAUGCGUGAGUACGAAGAGCUUGAUAAGCUGGCGGACAGGGGUAAUGCUCGAAAAUUCUACGAAAAAAUGCGGCGACUUACGGAAGGCUUCAAGACCGGAGCGUACUCUUGUAGAACCCCCAAAGGUGAUCUAGUCACUGAUGCCCAGAGCAUACUUAAAUUAUGGAGGGAACACUUCUCCAGCCUGCUGAAUGGCAGUGAACGCACAACACCAGGAGAAGGAGAACCCGAUUCCCCAAUCGAUGACGAUGGAGCAGAUGUUCCAUUACCCGACCAUGAAGAAGUUCGAAUAGCAAUUGCCCGCCUGAAGAACAACAAAGCGGCAGGUGCCGACGGAUUGCCGGCCGAGCUAUUCAAACACGGCGGCGAAGAACUGAUAAGGUGCAUGCAUCAGCUUCUUUGUAAAAUAUGGUCGGACGAAAGCAUGCCCAACGAUUGGAAUUUAAGUGUGCUAUGCCCAAUCCAUAAAAAAGGAGACCCCACAAUCUGCGCCAACUACCGUGGGAUUAGCCUCCUCAACAUCGCAUAUAAGGUUCUAUCGAGCGUAUUGUGUGAAAGAUUAAAGCCCACCGUCAACAAACUGAUUGGACCUUAUCAGUGUGGCUUCAGACCUGGAAAAUAAACA